AUGGACAAAGAAUUUCUUCGACGAGCAUUACAAGGACGAAGUAAAUAUGGGAAAGAAGCAUUUCACAAAGAUCGUCUUCGAAAUGAUUUAAUGCGAAUGGCAAGACUUCGACUACGAGCAUGUGAUAAUGAACUAAUACAAGUUGUAGUCGAAACAGGUAUUGGACUGGGUAUUUUUGCUGGUACAGCUAUUGGAAUCGAUGAAACAGUACGUUCACUUUCUGCAUCCGCUAUUCGACAAGUUCUGGAAGAAGAUGGGUCAACUUAUCGAAAUGUACGUGCUGUUGUGUUUGCUUUACCUAUUUUUGGUAAAAGGCAUCGAAAUAGUAAAACACAAGAUACCUAUCAAGUCUUUGCAGACGAAUUCAAUCAAAGCCAUUACCAAGGUCCUAUUCCUGUAUUGAUUGCUGAUCAAGACAUGCAUAGAUUAACUGUCGCUAUUGCUCGAAAUGGUUUCAAUGUUUCUGAGUUGAAUCCAGCUGAUUCACAUGGUGUAUUUGGUGAAUAUUGGCAAAAUCGAGGACCAGCUGUUGAAGAAAAGCUAGCUUUAACUACAAUGGGUCUACUUGUACAACAUCAUCUUAUUAAUCCAGAUGUGCUUAAUCCAGACCAUUACCAUCUUAUUUAA